AGUUCUCGCUUUCAAGUGAUACAUUCCAAAAAGCAAAAAGAAAUGAAGACGGCUGUUUGGUACACGUCGACAUUUCUCGUCAUCUUCGUCUACCUAUAUUGCUACCUGGUGCAGUUCAUCCGCGGUGCGGAAAUCCGGCCGCAACUGCAUCUGCACCAGCCGCUGUUGCGCAACCGACUCGGAGGGGCACAGCCACCGUCACACAUGGCAUCUCUUCCGCCAGUGAUUGUUGGCGCUCCUUCGCGUCAUCUCGGCUGGCCAUUAGGCGGAUCAAGUGGCGGAAAUCAGCAUCCGUCCUUGCAGCGCCAUCUUCCUCCGGUACCACCUCCUCCGCCAGCCUCGGUCUUCUCCGAUUACUUGACGCCGGGCAACAUGGCCGUUUCGUCAUCCAUCUCGGUGUCAUCUUCCGUGUCGUCGGCUCCCGUUCAUCCGUCAGUGACGGCCGCUCCAGCAACUCCCGCAGCUCCCAAACCGCUGGAUUUCAGUUAUCAUAAUUACGAAGACAUGACGACCUGGUUGAAGCACUUUAGCGCAUCCAAUCCCGAUCUAACGGCCCUUUACUCCAUCGGCAAAUCCGUUCAAGGUCGCGAAUUGUGGGUAAUGGUGGUAUCUUCUUCUCCGUUCCAACACAUGAAAGGCAAGCCGGAUGUCAAGUACGUGGCAAACAUCCACGGUAACGAGGCCGUCAGCAGAGAAAUGGCCCUCCAUCUUAUCGAACAUUUGGUUAAAAACUACAGGGAAGACGGCUACGUCCGCUGGCUCUUGGAGCAGACUCGCAUCCACAUUUUGCCAAGUUUGAAUCCAGACGGAUUCGAAGUGGCCCGCGAGGGGACUUGCACCGGUGGUCAAGGAAGGUACAACGCGCGUGGUUUCGAUUUGAAUCGAAACUUUCCCGAUUACUUCAAGCAGAACACUAAACGUGUACAACCGGAAACUGAAGCCUACAAGGAAUGGAUAGCUAAGAUUCAAUUCACCCUAUCCGCUGGACUCCAUGCCGGUGCAUUAGUCGCUUCCUAUCCCUUCGAUAACACUCCUAACUCAGUUUACCAAGCGUUCACGUCGACUCCGUCCCUGACGCCGGACGACGACGUCUUCCAUCAUUUGGCGGCCCUGUAUGCACGCAAUCACGCUACCAUGUACCAAGGAGUGGCGUGCAAGCCCGGCUCGCCCUCCUUCCCCAACGGGACGACCAACGGAGCGGCCUGGUACCCGUUGACGGGCGGAGCUCAAGAUUACUCGUACGUUUGGACGGGCACGAUGGAGAUCACCGUCGAAAUGGCCUGUUGCAAAUACCCGCCGGCAUCUGAAUUGCCCGUCCAUUGGAGCGAGCAUCGGCAAGCGCUUAUCCGUUUCGUGGGAGAAGCUCACCGUGGCGUACGAGGUUUCGUGACCGACGGUAACGGUCGACCGCUAGAAAACGUCGCAAUGAAAAUCAAAGGUCGCGACGCACCGUUCCAGACUACCAAACAUGGCGAAUUUUGGCGCAUUCUUUUACCAGGCUAUUAUCGGAUUGAGGCAUAUAAAGAAGGUUACGAACCGGUUGAAGAAGAUUUUAGCGUCACCGAUCAUCACGCCACGCAAGUCAAUCUGACUCUUUUCAAACAGGUUGACACUAAAAAUGGAUUUGGAACAUUAGACGACGUCAGUAAUUACUACGCCUUAUCGACGAGUGAAGAACGACCCAACAAACGACACCCUAGCAUUUCCAAUAAACAGGACGUUCCCCAUCCUACGGGACUCAGUGGGCUCCUGAUCACGCUGAGAUCGCAAAUGGACAAUCUCUUUGCAAACCUAUUUGGUUGAAGAAUCGAAUUUUAAAUGAGAAACAGUAAAAAAAAAAAAAAAAAUCCGGAUAAAAACACAUUUGAUUGAUGAAAGAAAUUCACGGAAGAGCGCAUCCUGUGACGGUCGGUUAUUUUGACCAUAGUGACAACGGAUGCAAAACCCACGCUUCUAAUUUUUUUUUAUUUUAAGCCUCUUUUAAAAACAUUUUUGUUCCGGAUGGAUAGUCGUCUCUUCGCUAGGUUGCAGCGGAGGGAAAAGAAACAACCAUUGGUCAUUUCCGGCAUUCUUUCUUUUAUUGAAAUGGACUCGUCUACCAGUUCGUAUCAAUUCUGUACUACAUUGUUUUGUUUUUUGGAUCAAAGUGUGUACUGUACAUAUGGAACUCCCUUCCCAAAUGUUAUUUCCUCUAUUCCGAUUGUCUGCAAAAACAAUCACCCCUGUUUGCCCCAUCUUAAAAAACAUUCUUAUCGCACUACAACCCCAACAACUAUUUAUAUGCACAUCCGUCAUGAGCGCACGUAUCAAUUACGUGUACUGAGGACAAGAAGGUGGAUCGAUAUCGAUGCAAGACAAAAUAAAUAAAAAC